UGCAGUCUUCAAUUUCCGUGAUCCUCAAUCAAGUCCCCAGAUACCAAACUCUCGAGAACCAUAUCCCAUGGCGGCAACCACCAAGAGGUAUGCAGUUGUCACGGGAGGAAACAAGGGGAUUGGGUUCGAGAUUUGCAGGCAGCUGGCUUCUCAUGGCGUUCUGGUUGUUUUAACCGCCAGAGAUGAAAGCAGAGGCCUCCAAGCUGUGCAGAAGCUCAGAGAUGGCGACCCAGCUCUCUCAGACAACAUAGUGUUUCAUCAACUUGAUGUGGCAGACAGUAGCAGCAUUUCUUCCCUUGCGGAUUUCAUCAGAACCCAAUUCGGGAAGCUUGACAUCUUGGUGAACAAUGCUGGAAUUUUCGGGGCGAUGAUGGACGUAGAUGUUAUGAGAGCCGUCGGGCCGGACAGGUGGCUUGAGAGCAUUACAGACACAUACGAAUUGGCAGAAGAAUGCUUGAAAACAAAUUACCAUGGCGCCAAGCAAAUGAUAGAAACGUUUUUGCCACUGCUUCAGCAGUCUGAUUUGCCCAGGAUAGUCAACGUUUCCUCUGGCUUGGGGAAGCUGAAGAAUGUCAAGCAUGAAUGGGCUACAAGUGUGCUGAGUGAUGUCGAGAAUCUGACUGAAGAGAAAGUGGAACAAGUGUUGAAUCAGUACCUGAAAGACUUCAAGGAAGGUUCGUUGGCAACCAAAGGCUGGCCGCGUGGGGCUUCUGCAUAUACACUGUCGAAGGCAGCGUUGAAUGGUUACUGCAGGAUCAUAGCCAAGAAGUACCCAAAUCUGUGCAUCAACUGCGUUUGCCCUGGAUAUGUGAAGACGGAUAUUAACCAGAAUACUGGGUUCAGAACCCCGGAUGAAGGCGCUGAAGGUCCAGUGAAGUUGGCAUUGUUGCCCUAUGGCGGGCCUUCUGGUCGUUUCUUUGAUCAGACAGAGGAGGGUUCCUUCUGAUUGGACUUGGGCUAUCCAUGGCAUAGGCAAUCAAAUAUAUUCCAUAGAUCUCAGGUUGCUGUAGUAUGGUACUUUACUUAUUCAAUAAUGUGUGUCUGAUUGUAUCUGCGUAUGAGAGACCAAUUGGCUUGGCUGCAAAUCAAUGUCAUCAUUAAAGAUGCACUAAGGCUUGAGUUGUAUUAUUCAGUAUCUCAACAAUAUAUAUAGUACAUGUACACGUGAGGUAAGGAACUGAAAAGAAAUUUACAAGGGAAACAAGUAGCUGUUGUAACAGAAAGCAAGUGCUGAGGAACGUGGGAAAGUGGACUGCAGUAGAAUAGGAAGGUUGUUCCUUAUCAGUCCCCGCAAGUGAAGCCUCAGUGAGGCGUAACUUGGUGCAAAAUUUGGCAAAAGAAAGCCUUGUAAGUGGCUUUGUUAGAAUAUCUGCAAGCUGAUCCUGAGCAGGUAGGUAAUGAACACGCAGCUGCCCCUUACUAACUUGAUCACGAACAAAGUGAAAUUCAAUUU